AAAUGUGCAUGCAACCAUCCCAUACAUUAUUUACGAGAGCUAAUUUUCGCCUACGUAUGGGUUUGAUCGCAUGGCACCGUUGACAUUGCACGUGAAAUGAUGGCGUCGCCUGCCGUUGGAGGGAAACUAGUGUGGAGAAGUCAACUAUGGAUAUUGCCUCUUAUCGCUGUUUUCUGUCCAACCUUCGUACAAUGUCAAUUUGAAAAAGAGGGGGAUGUCCGUCUUGUUAUGGGCCCCACUCUAAACCAAGGUCGGGUAGAGAUCUUCCACGAUGGCUUGUGGGGUACAGUCUGUGAUGACAGUUGGGAUGUUUAUGAUGCUAGAGUAGUUUGUCGACAGCUUGGAUACUCAAACAACAUUGGUGGAGCCUGGGCUGGUGGAAAAUAUCCGAGGGGAUCAGGCCCCAUACACCUUGAUGACGUCGCCUGCGAGGGAAAUGAAACUAGGUUGGAUUUAUGCAAGAGCAACGGCUGGGAUAUUCAGAACUGCGGACAUUCGGAAGAUGCCGGUGUUAUUUGUCAAGAUGGCGCAGAAGGUGAUGUCCGUCUUUCUCAUGGUCCUACUCCAAACCAAGGUCGGGUAGAGAUCUUCCACGAUGGCUUGUGGGGUACAGUCUGUGAUGACAGUUGGGAUGUUUAUGAUGCUAGAGUAGUUUGUCGACAGCUUGGAUACUCAAACAACAUUGGUGGAGCUUGGAACGGUGGAAAAUAUCCAGAGGGAUCUGGCCCCAUACACCUUGAUUACGUUGACUGUGAAGGAAACGAAACUCGGUUGGAUUUAUGCCAGACCGACGGUUGGGACAACAACUUCUGUGGACACGAGAGUGAUGCUGGUGUAAUCUGCCAAGAUGGCACAGAAGGUGAUAUCCGCCUUGCUGAUGGCCCCACUCCAAACGAAGGUCGGGUAGAGAUCUUCCACGAUGGCUUGUGGGGUACAGUCUGUGAUGACAGUUGGGAUGUUUAUGAUGCUAGAGUAGUUUGUCGACAGCUUGGAUACUCAAACAACAUUGGUGGAGCUUGGAACGGUGGAAAAUAUCCAGAAGGAUCUGGCCCCAUACACCUUGAUUACGUUGACUGUGAAGGAAACGAAACUCGGUUGGAUUUAUGCCAGAGCGACGGUUGGGAUAACAACUUCUGUGGACACGAGAGUGAUGCUGGUGUUAUCUGCCAAGAUGGUACAGAAGGUGAUAUCCGCCUAGUUGAUGGUCCCUCUCCAAACCAAGGUCGGGUAGAGAUCUUCCACGAUGGCUUGUGGGGUACAGUCUGUGAUGACAGUUGGGAUGUUUAUGAUGCUAGAGUAGUUUGUCGACAGCUUGGAUACUCAAACAACAUUGGUGGAGCUUGGAACGGUGGAAAAUAUCCAGAAGGAUCUUGCCCCAUACACCUUGAUUACGUUGACUGUGAAGGAAACGAAACUCGGUUGGAUUUAUGCCAGAUCGACGGUUGGGACAACAACUUCUGUGGACACGAGAGUGAUGCUGGUGUGACCUGCCAAGAUGGUACAGAAGGUGAUGUCCGUCUUGUUGAGGGCCCCACUCCAAACCAAGGUCGGGUAGAGAUCUUCCACGAUGGCUUGUGGGGUACAGUCUGUGAUGACAGUUGGGAUGUUUAUGAUGCUAGAGUAGUUUGUCGACAGCUUGGAUACUCAAACAACAUUGGUGGAGCUUGGAACGGUGGAAAAUAUCCAGAAGGAUCUGGCCCCAUACACCUUGAUUACAUUGACUGUGAAGGAAACGAAACUCGGUUGGAUUUAUGCCAGAGCGACGGUUGGGAUAACAACUUCUGUGGACACGAGAGUGAUGCUGGUGUUAUCUGCCAAGAUGGUACAGAAGGUGAUAUCCGCCUAGUUGAUGGUCCCUCUCCAGACCAAGGUCGGGUAGAGAUCUUCCACGAUGGCUUGUGGGGUACAGUCUGUGAUGACAGUUGGGAUGUUUAUGAUGCUAGAGUAGUUUGUAGACAGCUUGGAUACUCAAACAACAUUGGUGGAGCUUGGAACGGUGGAAAAUAUCCAGAAGGAUCUGGCCCCAUACACCUUGAUUACGUUGACUGUGAAGGAAACGAAACUCGGUUGGAUUUAUGCCAGAACGACGGUUGGGAUAACAACUUCUGUGGACACGAGAGUGAUGCUGGUGUUAUCUGCCAAGAUGGUACAGAAGGUGAUAUCCGCCUAGUUGAUGGCCCCUCUCCAAACCAAGGUCGGGUAGAGAUCUUCCACGAUGGCUUGUGGGGUACAGUCUGUGAUGACAGUUGGGAUGUUUAUGAUGCUAGAGUAGUUUGUCGACAGCUUGGAUACUCAAACAACAUUGGUGGAGCUUUGGAUGGUGGAAAAUACCCGAGGGGAUCUGGCCCCAUACACCUUGAUUACGUUGACUGUGAAGGAAACGAAACUCGGUUGGAUUUAUGCCAGAGCGACGGUUGGGAUAACAACUUCUGUGGACACGAGAGUGAUGCUGGUGUUAUCUGCCAAGACGGCGCAGACGGUGAGGUCCGCCUUGUUGAUGGUCCCACUCCAAUCGAAGGUCGGGUAGAGAUCUUCCAUGAUGGCUUGUGGGGUACAAUCUGUGAUGAUAGUUGGGACGUUUAUGAUGCUAGAGUAGUUUGUCGUCAGCUUGGAUACUCAAAUAACAUUGGCGGAGCUUGGAACGGUGGAAAAUACCCAAAAGGAUCUGGUCCUAUUCACCUUGAUGACGUUGGCUGUGAAGGAAACGAAACUCGGUUGGAUUUAUGCCAGAGCGACGGUUGGGAUAUUCAGAACUGCGGACAUUCUGAAGAUGCUGGUGUCAUUUGUCAAUAUGGCACGGAAGGUGAUGUUCGUCUUGUUGAUGGCCCCACUCCAAACCAAGGUCGGGUAGAGAUCUUCCAUGAUGGCUUGUGGGGUACAGUCUGUGAUGAUAGUUGGGAUGUUAAUGAUGCUAGAGUAGUUUGUCGACAGCUUGGAUACUCAGGAGAUGUUCAGGCCUGGAGUGAUGCUCACUAUUGGCAAGGAUCGGGGCCAAUAUACCUUGAUGAUGUCGACUGUACGGGAUCUGAGUCUAGCUUGAUGAAUUGCAGUAACCGUGGAUGGGGCAUCCACAACUGCGAACACUCUGAAGAUGCGGGGGUUUUCUGCGCUUUUAUUGGUGAAACAGAGGGAGAUAUCCUCCUCGUUGAUGGGUUCAGUCCUUACGAUGGAAGGAUUGAAAUAUUUCACAAUGGUCUAUGGGGUACUGUCUGUGAUGACGCCUGGGAUAACAACGAUGCCAGGGUAGUUUGUCGACAGCUUGGAUACUCAGGCGACGUUGGUGUUGCAAGGCAUGGCGGUGUGUAUAGUCGUGGAUUAGAUCCGAUAUAUCUUGAUGAUGUUGGCUGUGAGGGAGAUGAACCUAGAUUAGAUGCAUGCUUCAACAACGGUUGGGGUAACCAUAACUGCGGACAUUCUGAAGAUGCUGGAGUUUACUGUGGUAGUGACGUUGGGAAUGAAGGAGAUAUCCGCCUUGUUAACGGCUCCACUGCAAACCAAGGUCGGGUUGAGAUCUUCCAUGAAGGCCAAUGGGGGACAGUGUGUGAUGACUCCUGGGAUGACUCUGACGCGAGGGUGGUUUGUCGACAGCUUGGAUACUCGGGCGAUGUUAAUGCGAGGAUUCUUGGUGUUUAUGGGGUCGGAUCGGGUCCGAUAUUCCUUGAUGAUGUUAACUGCGAUGGGAAUGAAGAUAGGUUAGAUUUAUGCAACAGUAACGGUUGGUAUCACCACAACUGCGGACAUUCAGAAGAUGCUGGAGUUUACUGCGAUGCUGGUGAUGGCUUGAAUGGCGAAGUUCGCCUUGUUGAUGGUUCCACCCCAAACGAAGGUCGGGUGGAGAUCUAUCACGACGGUCAAUGGGGGACGAUUUGCUAUGAUAGUUGGGAUGACCCUGAUGCGAGGGUGGUUUGUCGACAACUUGGAUUCUCGGGCGACGUUGGUGAGGCCAGGAGUCCCAUUACAUACGGACAUGGAUCCGGCCCGAUAUACCUUGAAGGUGUUAGAUGUCAGGGAUAUGAAGCAAGGUUGGAUCUAUGCGUCAACAACGGUUGGUACAACGACAAUUGCGGACAUUCUCAAGAUGCAGGAGUUUACUGCCCUACUGAUGGUGCAUCAGAAGGAGAUGUUCGCAUUGUGGAUGGGUACUCUCUUGAUCAAGGUCGGGUGGAAAUCUACCACAAUGGUCAGUGGGGUACAGUCUGUGAUGACAAUUGGGGCGACAAAGACGCAAGGGUUGUUUGUCGACAACUUGGAUUCUUGGGCAACGUUGGUAAGGCCAAUGGUCUUGCUAGAUAUGGACAAGGAACUGGCCCGAUAUACCUUGAUGAUGUUUUCUGUGAGGGAAAUGAAGCUAGAUUGGAUGCAUGCGUCAGCAAUGGUUGGGGUAUCAAUAACUGCGAACAUUCUGAAGAUGCUGGUGUUUACUGUGGCGGUGAUGUUGGAGAGGAAGGAGAGAUCCGCCUAGUAAACGGUUCCACUCCAAACGAUGGGCGGGUUGAGAUAUUCCACGACGAUCAGUGGGGAACAGUCUGUGAUGAUAGUUGGGAUGACGCUGAUGCGAGGGUGGUUUGUCGACAACUUGGAUACGUAGGUGAUGUUGGUGAGGCCAGGAGUCCCAUUAUAUACGGACAAGGAUCCGGCCCGAUAUACCUUGAUGAUGUUGGAUGUGAGGGAGAUGAAGCGAGGUUAGAUUUAUGUGUCAGCAAUGGUUGGUACAACAGCAACUGCGGACAUUCUGAAGAUGCUGGGGUUUACUGCACUGUUGAUGGCGCAAAUGACGGAAACAUUCGUCUUGUUAACGGCCCCACCAUGAACGAAGGUCGGGUUGAGAUCUACUACAACGGGCAGUGGGGGACGGUCUGUGAUGAUAGUUGGGAUAACUCUGAUGCAAGGGUAGUUUGUCGACAACUUGGAUACUCAGGUGACGCUGUAGCCAGAAGUCGUGCUACUUACGGAGAAGGAACUGGCCCGAUAUACCUUGACGAUGUUCUCUGUGGGGGAGGUGAAGCUAGGUUAGAUGAAUGCGAUAACAGCGGUUGGGGUAUCCAUAACUGCGGACAUUCUGAAGAUGCUGGAGUUUACUGCAGUAAUGAUGUUGGAAAUGAAGGAGAAAUCCGUCUCGUUAACGGUUCCACACCAAACGAAGGUCGGGUUGAGAUCUUCCACGACGCUCAUUGGGGUACAGUCUGUGAUGACGAUUGGGACGACAAUGAUGCGAUGGUUGUUUGUCGACAACUUGGAUUUUUGGGCGACGUUGGUCGGGCCAAUGGUCUUGCUAGAUAUGGACAAGGAACCGGUCCGAUAUACCUUGACGAUGUUCUCUGUGAGGGAAAUGAAGCUAGGCUAGAUGAAUGUGGUAGCAACGGUUGGUACAUCAGCAACUGCGAACACUCUGAAGAUGCCGGGGUUUAUUGCCCUACUGAUGUUGCAAAUGAGCCUGGAGACAUUCGUCUUGUCAACGGCCCUACCAUGAACGAAGGUAGGGUUGAGAUCUACUACAACGGUCAGUGGGGUACAGUCUGUGAUGACCGUUGGGAUGACCUUGACGCGAGAGUAGUCUGUCGACAACUUGGAUACUCGGUUGACGCUGUGGCCAGUGGCCGUGCUACUUACGGACAAGGAACUGGCCCGAUAUACCUUAACGAUAUUAACUGUGACGGAAAUGAAGCUAGAUUAGAUGCAUGCGACAGCAACGCUUUGGGUGUCGAUGAUUACUGCGGUCAUGCUGAGGAUGCUGGAGUCUACUGCCAUGUCAUUCGUGACGAAGACAUUCGACUUGUUAACGGUUCCACCGUAAACCAAGGUCGGGUUGAGAUCUUCUAUAAAGGUGUGUGGGGAACAGUAUGCGAUGACGAGUGGGAUGACACCGAUGCAAGUGUAGUUUGUCGUCAGCUUGGAUACACUUCUGGUACAGCCUUGGGUGGUGGUAGAUACCUACAAGGAUCUGGUCCAAUAUACCUUGACGAUGUUGCAUGUGAUGGAAGGGAAGACAGAUUAAGUUUGUGCAUCAGCAACGGUUGGGGUAACCACAACUGCGGACAUUCUGAAGAUGCUGGAGUUUACUGCUAUGAUGAAAAUGAAGGAGACGUUCGCAUUAUGGAUGGAGACAUGCCUGAUGAAGGUCGGGUUGAGAUCUACCACAAUGGCCAGUGGGGUACAGUUUGUGAUGACAGCUGGGAUGACCUUGACGCGAGAGUAGUCUGCCGACAACUUGGAUACUCAGGCGAUGUUGGCGAGGCCAGGAUAGAGAGUCCGUACGGAGAAGGAUAUGGACCGAUACAUGUUGAUUACGUCAGCUGCGCUGGAUCUGAAUCCAGGCUGGUCAAUUGUAAUAAUGGUGGAUGGGGUAAUAACAACUGCGGGCAUUCUGAAGAUGCAGGGGUUUACUGCGGCAUUGAUGUUGGAAAUGACGGUGAUAUUCGCCUUCUUAACGGAUCCACUGCAAACCAAGGCCGGGUUGAGAUCUACUAUAAUGGUCAGUGGGGAACGGUUUGUGAUGACGAGUGGGACGAUACUGAUGCAAGUGUAGUUUGUCGUCAGCUUGGUUACAUUUUUUCUGGAACAGCCUGGGAUGGUGGUAAAUACCCACACGGAUCAGGUCCAAUAUACCUUGAUGAUGUUGCCUGUGAGGGGAAUGAAGACAGAUUGAAUUUGUGCAUCAGUAACGGUUGGCUCAACCACAACUGUGGACAUUCUGAAGAUGCUGGAGUGUACUGCAAUAUUGGUGAUGGUAAAGAGGGAGAGAUUCGCCUUGCCGAUGGUCCCACUCCAAACCAAGGUCGGAUUGAGAUCUUCCAUGGCGGCGAGUGGGGUACAAUCUGUGAUGAUAGUUGGAAUGUUAAUAAUGCAAUGGUAGUUUGUCGACAACUGGGAUACCAAGGCGAUGUCGGCACAUCUGUGAUUGGGGGUACAUACGGACCAGGAUCUGGCCCAAUACUCGAUGUCGAUAAUUGCGAGGGAUCUGAGUCUAAGUUGAUUGAUUGCAUUAUUGAGGGAUGGAUAAGUCAAAACUGUGGACAUUCCAGAGACGCUGGGGUAUCCUGUGAAACAAUCAGUGCAAACGAUGGAGAUAUUCGCCUUGUAAAUGGUUCGACUGAAAACGAAGGUCGGGUUGAGAUCUUCCACAAUGGUCUAUGGGGGACAAUCUGCGAUGACAGUUGGGAUGACGCUGAUGCGAGGGUAGUUUGUCGACAACUUGGAUACAUGGGCGAUGUUGGUGGGGCCAGAGGUCGUAGCACAUAUGGACAAGGAUCUGACCCGAUAUACCUCGAUGAUGUCGGCUGUUCAGGAUCUGAGUCUAGAUUGACUGAUUGUAGUAAUGACGGAUGGGGUAGCCAUAACUGCGGACAUUCUGAAGAUGCUGGAGUGUACUGUUAUGUUCCUUCGACCAUGGACCCUAUGGUCCAUGCUUCGACGAAGCCACAUUAUACUGCAUCUUCAAGUGUCGUGGGUGUCUUGACAUCCGUAGGUGUGUGCCUGUUCUUGCUGACACUGCUUGCCAUCGGAGCCGUGUGUUGGACCUGUAGGCAAUCAAAGAGUCAGUUUUCAUUCAGAACUCUGGAACACGAUUCACCUCUGGAACAGGACUCAGAGAUUGCUUUAGAUAGGUUGAGUGAUCAACAACCUGCUGAAAACAGCAUCUAGUUUAACUGCAAUCUUCCAUGACGAAAUCAAAUUCUGCCAUUGUUGAUUUGACCAACAUUCUAUGCUCACCAAAUAAGACUGAUGGACACCACGCUCCUAGAGGUUAACAUUCUACCGUUUUGAGUCCGUCAGGGAAUAUACUUUACCUUCCUGGCUGGGUAUUAAAGGGGGGUAUGUUAGAGCUUCAGCGUCAAUUAUUCAGUUUUCUAAAACAUUAUACAUUGCAAAAAUCCUUGACCCCAAUGGAAGAAGAAGACGACGAAGAAUAAGAAAAGGAGGAGGGACACGUUACCUGGACCUUACCAUCAAGGACCGCAAAAUAUUAGAAAAAUUUUGUAAUCAUGUGAAAAACCAAAAACGCUAUAAUUGAGAGGUUGUGAUUUCAAGGUUACGGAGAUAAGCCACUGCCCACCCAAUUGCGUAUCUUGGUGGCUAUGUAUCCAUGCAAUAAGUUUGGUUUAGAAAAUAGAAUAACACUGGGGCCCCAAAAGAUGUUCUAAUACAUAGCGUCGCAAUGCAUUAUUCUUAUUACAACCUCCUGAACGCCACUUUAAAACUGUUAACGCUGCAACUAGAUCAGCUGACCAGGUUUUCCCGUACGUAUGAUUCCUGAUGGAAUGAAGCCCAUGCCAGUAAUGUAAUUACUGAUUCUUUCAUCAUUUAAUCCGGUCUAUUCCAUUUUCUUGCCUGUUGUCACUCGUUUUCAUCAUGAACUCAUGAUUAAAUAACGCAAUUAAUACAUACUUUUAUGAAUGUAAACAAAUGAAAAGACUUGUACAUAAUAGCUUGACGUGAUAAUGAAACAAUAGCAUUUCUAAUUUAAAAAAAAAAACGGUUUGAAUUUACGAUGAUAUUCAGCUUGCCCAUACGUUUUGCUUAAACAUAAAUAGAAUACUAGUAUUGUAACAUGGUAUGAUUGUUCCUUUUUUGUGUGAAAAUUUCCUGUUCUUCUACUUCUCCAACUGUGAAGUCUUAUCACAACAACAUGUUGUGGAAGCGCCCUGGUGUAGCGGUUCUGACUCUCGCCUUGUAAUCAGAGGGUCGUGUGUUCGAAUCCCACUAUGGCCUAGCGUCCUUUGGCAAGGCGUCAAUCCACAAUUUGCCACUCUCCACACAGGUGUUAAAUGGGUACCGGUAGGAUGCGAAAGGCUAUGUAGUAUGCCUAGCAAUUGAGUCUUGGAACUCUUUGUUGGAAUGCUUCCCAGGGAGUGGAGAAGGUGCAUACAUUGUAUGCGGGCAUGCAAGGAUCCGAUGACCGGGGUAAUAAUAUAUCUGUAAAGCGGUUAGAGACGUCGUUCCGAUGCGUUAAGCGCUAUAUAAAUGCGGUUUAUUAUUAUUAUAAUUAUGUUCAUUGGUGACAUAUAUAUCUUUAUAUAAUUUGAAACUACUGUAGAAGUGAGUUAAAAUAUACACAUGAUCGAGGAAUGAUAUAUGCACGUUGAUGUUUAUAUAACUAUAAUGUUUGUAAUUUCAUUUCAAAUUUACAGUGAAACCGGUUUCUAAAUGGUUUUUAUGAGUGCCUUCUCUAUUUGUGUUUUGCAAUGAUUAUUCUGAAAAGAUUUUAAUUGUACAGUGCAUUCAUUAAAGGGGGUACUCCGGGCUGAAAAUAAUUAUUUCUAAAUAAACUGAGUAAAAUUCAUCAAGCAAAACGCUAAAUAUUUCAUCCAAAUCUGAAGACAAACAACAAAAAUUGCAUCGCGUUGAUGAGUUGUUAAAAGUGUUGACAUUGAAUUAAUGAAAAUGCAUUUGCAGUAAAAAAAAAAAAAAGUUAUUGAAAGUUAAAAUUUAGCAAUAUUUUGUAAAACCAGUUAUAUUCACGUCAUCAUGAAUUCUCAGUAAAUGGGCCGAUCAUGUCAUAUCAGUGUUUUCUUUGUCUGAUAUUACAUUAUUGGAGUACCCCUUUAUGUAUGUUCUAUCACAAAAAUGUAUUAAUUAUAACACGAAAUUAUAUCGUACAACUAUAUUUUCCUUUCUAAUUGGCUAGUAACUGUAUGCAAAGAUAAAAGUCAUUUAACAUGAUUUAGUUGUUAGCUCGUUUGCGUGUUACUAAGAAUUGUUUCGCUGUUGAUAUAUUCUGAAUGCUUAAAUGCAAUACGUGUAAAUAAAUGAUAAUCUUUACAUCCUUUCAAAUAAAACAAAGAGACACAGAUAUAUAUUAGUUCAUUUUUAUAUCUGUACCAAUUUAAACUAAAAAAAAUGAAUUUAUAAAGAAUGAAUAAGCAGUAUGUAGCAGCAAUGCUUUUCAUGAUGAUGAAAAUAAUUUUGACGCUAAUUCUUAAUAAUUUAUCACGGUUAUCAUUACAGUAAUAAUUUUAUUUGGUUUUAAUUCAUUUUCGGAGAAUGUGAAUACUCCUCCAUUUUUAUUGAUUCUUAUUCUUCUUUGAGAACAUGAAAUGAAAUCAGUUUCUUUACUAAGUAGUGGCGAAAUCAGAAAACUAACUUUAUCAAAGUAAUUUAAAAACCUGUUUGUACUUUCAUGGAUUAGAAAUCAACUCUGUACUUCUUUAUAUAUAUAUAUAGUGAAGGAACAUUUAAGUGAUAUUUUGUUCAUUGUUAUUUCCUUAGUAUACAGAGGAGAUGGUAUCCAAUCUUUUAGGAGUCGAAUCUAUUUUGUAAAGAUUCGACUUUCAAAAUCGGAAAAAUACAUUGCAUGCUAGUUGUCAUGUCUUUUCAAUAUUUGUUUUUCUAAGGCAUCAUCUACCGUUCAUUUCAAACUUACAAAUAUAGUCUUUUAUACAUUCACAGAUCACACCAAACAGUGAUUAUAGAUAUUCAAUAAUAAUUUUGAUAUAACCACGAAGCUGAAAAGGGUUUUAGUCUUUCAACGAUGUUCAUCAUGUUCUUUUCAUUGCUGCAUAAUUAAUUUGUUCACAUACAUGUAUGGUAUUUAUAGCCAUGAAUAAAAUAUAUAUAUUAUAUUUCUUGUUAUUGUAAUAAAUAGAACAUUUCUAGAAAUUUGUGUACGGAUUUUA